ACGGCCGAGCCACCCGAAGGCGUCGGGACGCUGCUGCCCCGGCCGCCUCGGUCAGCUGGCCCCGAGGGGCGGGGCCGUGCGCGGCCGACCCGAGGCCGUUCCGCUCCGCCGCCCUUUGCCAGCCAUGCCUCUGCCGCGGGGCGACGUGACGGCCUUAUUCCUGGGGCCCCCGGGCUCGGGGAAGUCGGCGCUCAUCGCCGCGCUGUGCGACAAGACCGUGGACACGGUGGACAUCCCUGACGGGCGCACGGACGCCGCGGGCCCCAGCCUGAGAGCGGCGGCCCCGGGCCUCUUCCUGGGUGAGCUGAGCUGCCCGCCCGCGACUCCCGGGCCCUGGGCGGCGGAGGCCAACCUGCUGGUGUUGGUGCUGGCGGGGCCUGAGGGCGCCGGGGAGCCCCUGGCGCCAGCCCUGGGCGAGGCAGCGCGGGCCGCCCUGGCCAGAGGGACCCCGCUGCUGGCCGUGCGGAGUCUGCGCCCCGGAGAGGCCGGGGGCGCCGCUCGGGCCCGGGAGGAGGCCGCGGCCUCGCUGCUCGGUGCCGGCCUGGGAGCCGCGCCUCUCUUCGUGCUGCCGGACGCCCGCUUCGGCGCCGACGGCGGCGAGGAGCUGGAGCGCCUGCGGGCGGCGCUGCGGACCCGGGCGGACGCGCUGCAGAGGCUCCUGCCGCCGGCCCAGGAUGGCUUCGAGGUGCUGGGCGCCGCCGAGCUGGAGGCCGUGCGCGAGGCCUUCGAGACGGGCGGCCUGGAGGCGGCGCUGUCGUGGGUGCGCGCCGGCCUGGAGCGCCUGGGCAGCGCGCGGCUGGACAUCGCCGUGGCCGGCGCCGGCGACGUGGGCCUCGUACUGGACGCGCUGCUGGGGCUGGAUCCCGGCGACCCGGGGGCCGCGCCCGCCCCGGCGCCCGCCGCGCCCGCCGCGUACCCGGCCCCCGAGCGCCCCAACGUAGUGCUCUGGACGGUCCCCCUGGGCCCCGAGGCCGCCCCGGCCCGUUACGACGCCCUGGUCCUCGUCACGCCCGGGGCGCCCACAGGGGAGGACUGGGCGCGCGCCCGCCCGCUGCUGCCUCCAGACGCCCCGCUGGCCGCGGUGCGCACGGACGGCCGCGGCGAGGACCCGCCCGAGGCCCUGGAGGAAGAGCCGGAGGCGGCCGCGACGGCGAGCCCCGGGGGCCCCGAGGACGAGCAGUGGGAGGUGCUGGAGGAGCAG